AUGCCAGCGACGAAAGAGGGUCGGGUGGCCAAGGCCAAGGUCAAGGCAAAAAGUUCCCAAACUCGCACCCGACGCGUCUCGUCCGCCGCAAGCCUGCCGCUGGUUGAGCGCACCAAUGCCAUGCUCAUCGAAGAUUUCAUAUCACACUACGUAUCUCCCGUUGUGACAGGCGAGCACGCCACCAAGAAUCCAACACUGGAUGAAAAGACCUCACUUGCGGCAGAAGUAGCGUCCAAGCCAGAGCGGAAUGGGGCUCGUUCAACGCCGCUCGACGUGUAUUCCGCAGCAACCAUCUCCCGGGCGGACCUGAACGCCUGCCUUGACCUAGUCGAACUCACCUCCGGUGAAGACUAUGCUGCGUCAGCCGCAGGGUGGUCCCGCCCCAAGAAGCGCAAAGAAAUGAAGCUGCCCGAUAUGAAGUACUUGAUUGUGCGGGGUGACGCCGCGGGGCAGGCACCCGGCGUGUCGCCGCGCGAGGACUCCACCGAAGCCGACAAGCCGAAGUCGCCAUCGGGACUCGGAAAUGGCGCAAAUGUACUCGGCUUCCUGUCGUUCAUGGUCACUUACGAGGACGGGAAAGAGGUUGUCUACUGCUACGAAAUCCAUUUGUCGCCGAUGGCCCGUGGUCGGGGCCUCGGCGCGUUGCUGAUGACGAGGAUGGAGGAGAUUGGUCGGCUUGUCGGACUGGAGAAGGCUAUGUUGACUGUGUUCAAGUCUAAUGCGGCAGCUCGGAGGUUUUAUGAGAAGGGUGGGUAUGAGGUGGAUGAGUAUUCGCCGCAGCCACGGAGGUUGCGCAACGGGACGAUUAAGGAGUUUGAUUAUUUGAUCUUGUCAAAGCGUUUAAAGGAUUGA